GAUUAGAUUAGUUGUUCGUUGAUGUGACGGACUUAACUUGUAUGGGCCGAAUCACACUAACCACAAUCAUUAAAGUUAAAUGUGGAAAUGUUAUUUACAAGGUCUGGAAAAAAAACUCUCCAGGUAAACUACUAAAGUUGUAAGAGAGGUUGGUUUCUGUUUAGUGUCCCACUCAUCAUGUUUAGUGCAGCUGUGGGAGGAAACAAACACUUAUCAUGAAGAGUGAAAGAGCGCCACCCAGUGGAUUUUCACUUUGAUGAUGACCUAAAAGGAACAUCAGUUCCACAAGCUGAGGAGACUCUGGUGAGAUCAGGGGCUUCUCGUCUCCAACAGGGAUUUAUAAGCGACGUCUUUCAGCCUUGAUAUCGUGAUCUGACUCUCUCUGGACUUUUUGCUUCUUAUUGCUGCUCUUGCUCUACGACUGUUGGAUCUAAACUACCUGCGCAACAAACUUUUUUUUUUCCCCGGACAGUCAUCUUUGUGUUUCUGUCAUGCCCCUCAGCUGCUUUGUUGCUGUGUUCACUUUGUAUUUUACAGCUGGCUCUGGUACCACAGUAUAUGACGGCUACAAUGAAUUUGAAGAAGAAUACCACACUCCUCAACUAGACUACAAAGACCCCAACUGGUGUCACUCUCAAAGUUUGACAAAUGGAGAGGUGACCUGUCACUCACCUAGAGGUGGGGCCUACAGGAGCACGUUGGGGACCCGCUGUGAGAUGAGCUGUGAUCGAGGAUAUAAGCUGCUGGGGAGGAGCUCAAUCCAGUGCCUUGCCAAUCGACGCUGGUCUGGGACUGCUUUCUGCCGCAAGAUGCGUUGCCGUGUCCUGGAUCUCAUCCCACAUGGCAGAUACACCUGCACUUAUGGCUUUAUGGUUGACUCCAGGUGUGACUUCACCUGUGAUGCCGGCUAUCGCAUUGAGGGAGAACACUCACGCACAUGUCAGCACGGGGGGUCAUGGAGCGGAAUGCAGCCAGUUUGUGAAGACACUGAUCCUCCAAAGAUCAAAUGUCCUCCAUCCAGACUAAAGGUUGCAGAGCCUGGAAAACUCACUGCCACAGUGUCUUGGGAACGACCUGCUGCAAGAGAUACUGCGGACAAACACCUCGAUAUAAUAUUAGUAGGCCAGGGGCCAGGUACCGAGUUUAAAGAGGGAGCAAACAUCAUCAGAUACAAAGUGUAUGAUCAAGCCAGAAACAGAGCUGCCUGCAAGUUUAUUGUACGUGUUGAAGUGAGAAGAUGUUCAGUUCUCCCUCCACCUUUGCACGGCUACCUCACCUGCUCCUCUGAUAGAAAUAACUAUGGUGCAACGUGUGAAUAUCAUUGUGACGGAGGAUAUGAGCUGAGGGGCAUAUCUAGUCGCGUCUGUCAGUUCGACCGCAACUGGGAUGGAGGGCCUGCUGAGUGUCUUCCAAUGGUGAUAAAAUCAGAUGUAAAGACAGCCCCGGCUCUCCUGGAUCAGUUCUAUGAAAAGAGGAGGCUGCUGAUCAUGUCGGCACCAAACAUAACGGACCCAGACUACCAGCUGCAGAACAUCAUGAUACAAAAAGCAGACUGUGGCUUGGACCUGCGACAUGUAACCGUGAUUGAGCUCCUGGGCUCCCCGCCUCGUGAGACGGGCCGCAUUAAAGAAAAUCUACUUGGCUCUGGAGUCAUCGAGGGUUUGAGACAAAUAUUCAGGAUCUCCAGAUCCUACUUCAGCAUGGUGCUGCUGGACGAGCUCGGACUGGACAGAGAACGCUUUAUCACCCCGAUGGCGUCGGAUGAGUUGUUCUCUUACAUCGACAGCUUUGUGCUGGAUGAAGAGGAGAGAGAGAGGCUGGAGCUCCACAGAGACUUCUGUGACAACUAAAGUAAAUGACUGGUUCCCACAGUGAAAAGCUCAUCAGCUUUACCAACACAAGAUGAGGAAUGACAAACAACCAAAACCAGAGGUCCAGAGGGACGCGAGAGAGACGAGGGAAGAGGGCAAAAUGUGAUCACUAUACUACACUGAAGUACCAGCACUGUUCUAUGCAUCAGAUUAUCAGGUUAAAUAUAGGGUAGAGCGCAGAGACAGCUCCAUAAGAUAAAGCAGACAUGGUUAAAGUUCUAAACACUGAUAGGAAACAAAGUUAGAUACAUUUGGGUUCAUGAUGAAAGUACAUUUCAGUGAGAGGAAUGGGAGCAUGUUUGAAUAUCUCACAUCCAAUGUGGACGAAAACAAACAAGCACUUUGAACAAAGGCUUUUGAGUGGACACUUGAGCACACAGACUCCCAGAGGGUACUGUGAGAGUUGAGCAUGUCUUUGGCUUAAUCCAUUUUUAUUGAGUGAACAGAAUAAAGGCAACAUUUUGUUAAACAUGACUCUGCUCGCACUCAGAGGAGUUAAAAAUCGACAUUUAUAUCUACAAUCAUUUUUUAAGACACUUGUAUAAAUAUAUAAUUUUUAAAAGACAGUGUUUAUGGAAAAUACAAUAUAGUAUAUAUUAAACUGUGCACCAUUUGUAUCAUGCAAGACCAACAUUUAUGUAUGUCUGUUUACAGCGUGUUGUUUUGAGUAUAGUUCUGCACAUAAAAUAAGAAAGGAGCAACAUACAGUGGCAGUGUGUCUGUGGGAAGUGCUGUGCAUGACUUUACAUUUUUAAAAGUAUACCUUAUCCUGGAUUUUAAAAACAUAAAAUAACUACAUUAAUGCUGUUCAAAUAAAAUGAGAGAUUAGUCUGCAUCUUUGGCACAUUUUCUCAGGCCUGCAGUUCGGGGGAGAGGCUUAAGUAAACCCCAUACCGUGAAGCAGGUGUGGGCAGAUGUUGGAGUGCCAAUAAACUGCAUGUCUACUAACAGCCAAUCAGCUGUUUGUUGUAUCCCAUUAGACAAAUUCUGGGCUGUUAAACCUUCAAUAUAAAAUGAAUCUAAAUGAUCCCACAUUGGUCUCAAACACCACAGCUUCCUCCCAUGUUAGUCACUGGAUGUUCUCCCAUGGAUCAGGCUCCUGCAGUCCUCAUUCGCUCUUUGAUUUCUCCAUAGAGGAGCGCAGUGGAAGAGUGCCCUCUGCCCAUGAAUCUGGGUACUGCAUCAUCUUCUCCCACAGACUGACCUCCUCACCAACUGAGUCCAUUUCCACUUCCUCUUUUCCUAUUUUGACAGUGCCUGCAGGAGUGAACAUUACACAGUGAAUGCAGUGUUAGAGCAGAGUCUGUUACCUCUUUGUAAUUAUUUUUGCAUAUUUAGUGUUAACACUGUGGGAAUAAAUUGGGAGUCUUGUUAAGUACAUCAGCUGUUACCUAAAAUUGAGCAGUUUUCACUUAGAGGCAAUUAUAUUUCACAGUAAGACUAAAUCAAACAUUUAAUGGUAAUAAUCUCUGUCUAUCACUGUGAGUGAGUGUUUAUUUUCAAUACAGUGUUACACAAAAAUUAUAGGGUUGGCCCCAGGAUCCAAACACUGAACCGCAACUAAUGUGAAUUAAUUACCACUACAAAAAGGUGCAAUGGUAACCACCAGAUAAAGCAGUGAAAUUCAUGCCCAACAAAAGGAGAGACCGACAAACAAAGAUUCCUAUCAAAACAAACAUCUAAAACAAAAGGACAAUACAUGUCAGUGAAAAUGUUCUCUCUUUCUGUUCCUCAUGACUGACUUCACAUCAACAUAAAUGAAGUGCCCAGCACUUGGUACUUUGGUCUUUAUUGUGGUGAUGUUAAUUGUUGAUGUUAAUUGUUGAUGAUGAUAAUGGAAGGUCUUAAGUUGUUUGGUUGCUUCAUUGUAGAUGUUCCUUAAAAAAAAUCCUUACUUAAUUUUGUGCAUUGCCUUUACACUGCUUGGCAGUACCUGCACCCAAAUUGACUUGAAGCACUUUGUUACUCUUACUGAUCUUGUUUCCUCUUGUCUAGAUCUUUGCUUGUGUUGUUCUUGUUCUCGUAUGUACGUCGCUUUGGAUAAAAGUCUGCUAAAUGACAUUGUAACAUUGUAAGUGAUGACCACCAAUUCUGCAGCCCACUUAUGCAUGUAACAGCGCUAAUGUUCUUUGGCACAUAUGGGUCAGAUCAGGGAUGAAAACAGUUCACACUCAAACAUGACAUUGGCCACAAUAAAAAAGAAUAAAGUCAA